AUGGUACAAUUAGUGUCGAUAUUAUUGUUAGCCGUAUUGUCGGCUAUAGUGAGCGCCGAUUUCCCGGUCAAUGACUACAAACUGGUGACCAAAUCGCGUGACUUUACGGGCAAAGUAGUAGUGGUGACGGGUUCGUCGUCGGGCAUCGGUGAGGGUAUUGUCCGUCUCUUUUCAUUACUCGGCGCUAACGUUACGGUCAAUGGACUUAAAGCCGAAGGCGUUCACAAAGUGGCCCUCGAGUGCCAACAGUUAUCCCCUUAUAAACUAAAGCCAUUGGAAGUGACGGCAGAUCUGACCAAAACGGCGGACAUCAAACGUAUGAUCGACGAAGUUAUCAAGACUUACGGCAAAAUUGAUGUAUUGGUCAACAAUGCGGGCAUUCGGUCGACACCAACACUCAUCACACAAUCAAACCUAAUGGCCGAAUGGGACCGACUCUAUGCCAUAGACCUCAGGGCUGUGGUUGAGGUGACACACGAGGCGGUGCCGCACCUCUUGAAAGUAAACGGCACUAUUAUCAACACCUCAGCCAUGGGUGGCAAAGCACCGAUGAUCACAAACCUGGCGUACGGACCCCUCAAAGCCGGUGUAGAUAUGCUGACCCGAGUGCUGGCCCUACAGUUGGGACCGUCCGGUGUGAGAGUUAACGCCGUUAACCCCGGAGCCACACAAGUACAGGAAAAGUUGGAUCCCCCGGAUGUUUGGGAAAAGACCCGCACAUUUACG